AUGACUAAGACAGAUCCCGCCCCGAUGGCCCCGCCGCUCAGGGCGGAGGGAGAAGAGGAGGAGGAGGAGGAUGAGCCUGUCCCAGAGCCCCCCAGCCCCACCCAGGAGCGCCGGCAGAAGCCUGUUGUGCACCCCUCGGCACCUGCCCCCCUCCCCAAGGACUACGCCUUCACCUUCUUCGACCCCAACGACCCUGCCUGCCAGGAGAUUCUGUUUGACCCGCAGACCACCAUCCCUGAGCUGUUCGCCAUUGUGCGCCAGUGGGUGCCCCAAGUCCAGCACAAGAUUGAUGUCAUUGGCAAUGAGAUUCUGCGUCGAGGCUGCCAUGUGAAUGAUCGUGAUGGGCUGACCGACAUGACACUGCUCCAUUAUGCGUGCAAGGCGGGGGCCCACGGAGUCGGGGACCCCGCGGCGGCUGUACGCCUCUCGCAGCAGCUGCUGGCACUGGGCGCAGACGUGACCCUGCGCAGCCGCUGGACCAACAUGAACGCGCUUCACUACGCGGCCUAUUUUGACGUGCCGGAUCUCGUGCGCGUGCUACUGAAGGGUGCACGGCCCCGAGUGGUGAACUCCACAUGCAGUGACUUCAACCAUGGCUCAGCCCUGCACAUCGCUGCCUCCAACCUGUGCCUGGGCGCGGCCAAAUGUUUGCUGGAACACGGCGCCAACCCGGCGCUUCGGAACCGAAAGGGACAGGUGCCAGCGGAGGUGGUCCCAGACCCCAUGGACAUGUCCCUGGACAAGGCAGAGGCAGCGCUGGUGGCCAAGGAGCUGCGGACGCUACUGGAGGAGGCUGUGCCGCUCUCCUGCGCCCUCCCCAAGGUCACGCUACCCAACUAUGACAAUGUCCCAGGCAAUCUCAUGCUCAGUGCACUGGGCCUGCGCCUGGGAGACCGCGUGCUACUGGAUGGCCAGAAGACGGGCACGCUGCGGUUCUGCGGGACCACGGAGUUCGCCAGCGGCCAGUGGGUGGGCGUGGAACUGGAUGAACCUGAGGGCAAGAAUGAUGGCAGUGUUGGGGGUGUCCGGUACUUCAUCUGCCCUCCCAAGCAGGGUCUCUUUGCCUCUGUGUCCAAGAUCUCCAAGGCAGUGGACGCACCUCCCUCAUCUGUCACCUCCACACCUCGGACUCCCCGGAUGGACUUCUCCCGUGUCACAGGCAAAGGCCGCAGGGAACACAAAGGUAAGAAGAAGCCCCCAUCAUCCCCGUCUCUGGGCAGCCUGCAGCAGCGUGAAGGAGCUAAGGCUGAGGUUGGAGACCAAGUCCUCGUCGCAGGCCAGAAGCAAGGGAUCGUGCGUUUCUAUGGGAAGACAGACUUUGCCCCAGGUUACUGGUACGGCAUAGAGCUAGACCAGCCCACCGGCAAGCAUGAUGGCUCUGUCUUUGGUGUCCGGUACUUCACCUGCCCCCCACGGCAUGGAGUCUUUGCACCAGCAUCUCGAAUUCAGAGGAUUGGUGGAUCCACUGACCCCCCUGGGGAUAAUGUUGGAGCCAAAAAAGUACAUCAAGUGACAAUGACACAGCCCAAACGCACCUUCACAACAGUCCGGACCCCAAAGGACAUCGCAUCAGAGAACUCCAUCUCCAGGUUGCUCUUCUGUUGCUGGUUUCCCUGGAUGCUGAGGGCAGAGAUGCAGUCUUAGAGGCUCUGGACAUCUGAGAGAGACAGAUCCUCCUCUAGCAUCUCCUGACACAAGGAGCCCCCGAGUCACCCUGAGAUAGAGAUUCCCAGUAACACAUCCAGAAUAGAGACCCCCAUUAGCCAGCCCUCGAUCACUGAGGCCCCAUUAUUAACAGAUUCCCUCAUGAUAACCCCCCAAAUACAGACCCUAUGUUACCCAGAAAGAGAUUCCCUAAGUGUAGUACCUUCAGGCUAGUCCCAACCCCUCAGAGCAGACCCCCCCAAUAACAGAUUUCCACAUCACCCCAAAUGACGGUGACUUUCUCUACAUAAUGCUCCACAGCAGAACAUUCCUGAGUCACUAGUCACUGGAUCAGAACCCUUCCCUGUUAACAAAGGACCCCCCCCGCCUCCACCAUCAAGUCCCCUUGAAAGAAACACCUCCAGAGCAAGAGUAACAAACCCACAUUUAAUAUCAGUCCCCUCAAGAUGUUGUGACCCCCGUGGUCACCCCAAACCCCCUACACUGCAGAGACUCCCUCCAUUAACGAACCCCCCUGCUCUUCCCCUUCAAGAAGAGACCCACAUUAACCAGCCCACUGUCACCCCCAAUUUACAGAUACCAAAACAGUACUGGAAGUGCUAAUUACAGGACCCCCAAGUCUUCCUAUCCUCUGCACCCUCAAGAAACCCCCAGUGCCUUGUACGAAGCCCACCCCAUGCAGCCCACAGCACCUGUGCUGGCCAGGCUCCCAGAAAAUUCUCUAUUUUUAAAGUAAUUAUUUCCCCCUUUGGGGGGACCCCAAAAUUUGGAGGUCCCAUUCUGGGACUCUGAGGAUCCCAAACCCCAGAGUACAUGUCCUAACUCUCCUGUGCCCCCAAGUCCUAGAGCCCCUAAGAGACCCCCCCAAAGCCCUAACUCCCAGGAUCCCCAAAUCAUGGAAUCCCCAAAUCCCCAGGGAAUCCCAAAUUUAAAAAAGCCCCCAGGAAACCUCAAUCAUGGAGGUUCUUGUGCCUGGGAUGGAGGAAAUACGCAUCCCGGGCCCCCAGGGCACCUCAAGCCCUAUUCAUAGGCACCAGGAAACCCCAAACAGGAAUUCUCAUACCUGGAAACCAGAGGACUUCAAUGCCCUGAGUCCAUGGGUCUCAAGACACCCAAAUUCCAAGAGCCCCAGCCCCAAGGGAACCUCAAAUCCUCAAGCCUCCAUCUCAUACAUGAGGGGCAUCAAGGCCUUGAGGGGAUCCCAAAUCCUGGAGUCCCCAUUUUCAAUCUACAAUUCUGGUCACAGGUCCAAAACACCAAAUCUAAGUUACUGGCCCUGAAGGACCUCAGAGUACCCUGGCCAGACUAACAGCCCGACGGAGACCCUGAAGGCCCAGGGGUCCAGGGCAGACCUGGGGCCCUGAAAAUCAAGGACAGCUCACGACUGCCCCUUCACUGCAUGUCCCCAAACUCAGCAUGACCCCUACCCCCUUCAAUAAAGACGUUUCUACGGCUCUCUGUGUCGGGUCGG